ACCCUGCUCAGUCUUGGAAGCUGUGUGCAACAAUAACACAACAAGCCAACAACAACUCAGCCGGAUUCCUAUACAACGAUGAUUUUCAUCAUUCCUUUUCUCGUUUUACUUUUCCAGGUGGCCCAUUGUGGGCCCCUCGCAGAGCCACGCACGUUUUGCGAUAACGGUAUAGCGGAUGAUCUGCCCCCUGUUGAGAGCGAGUGCCGCCAAGUUAUCGAUGCAUUCAAUCACCAUGAUUCCACUGGCUAUAUUACGGUCGAGGGCAAUACCAGCCUCGUGAUCAGCAGAGGCCGUUGCACAGGCGGACUGACCAACGUGUCCGGUUCUACAUACGCAGUCAACGCAGAUGCGCUCACAAUCAUCAUGAAGAAUUACAUUUUCGACCGCUGCAUUCUCAAUAAGCAAUGGGGAUUUUACGCAACCAACAAGUAUACCAUCCAGCUGGUGUCUGUGCUCUUUGAAGACUACUUCGAGGACGGAGAACAGGAACCCUAGGACGACCUACUUGACGACCGAGACCAUUGUGCUGGGACCAAACCCCUGCUGCAAGGCCUGACGCAAUUCAUACCAUAAUCCCGCUGGCUGGGACUCUGUGGUACCGUCAGCAUGAAGCAUCUAAGAUGGCGUGUACGGUCUCCCGACGAACAAGUCACGUCCAACAUUCAGGGCUGGGUAGUGGGGCAUGUUAGCAGGCUUUGCUAGACUGGUUUAGAGACAUGGACAGUAAAGGACAGAGAAAAAUAUCAUAUGAUUUGCGG